CGGCAGCGCACUCGGCUAUUCAGUUCAGUUUUCACCGCUGAAGGAAACGCUCGUUCGUGUGUCGUCGUUUAGUCCGUGUCGUUACUUCGCGACCCGUGCCCGAAAAAACGAAAAAACGGAACAGCGCAUUUAAGUGUAAUCGAACCCUUGCAAUUAUACGAUUUUUUUUUUUUUGGUGUCGCGUCAAAAUCAAAAUCCUAGUUCGUGCGCGUGUGCCGAUUUGAUUGCUACCUAUUUUGUUUUAUUGUGAUUGUGUUCUCGUCACUUGGCAACGGUCGGCCACAAUAUCCCGUCGUCCCAUUCCGGACUUAACCCGGUCGUCCGCGAUGCAGACGGAAAAUCCGAUCGUGUCUCGGCUAUAAGACACACGAACACACUGUGCGUUUUACGCGAAUCACACAAGUACACUUGAUUUUUAUCUUCCUCGUCGCUAUUUACUAUUUUUUUGUUCGUCGCCCCCCGAGUGAUUCAAAAUGUUCCUACGGUGUUUGGCGGCCCUAUGGUGCUGUGCGACCAUAGUUCUGGCCGGUUCGGCUGUCUUCAGAUCGGGCGGCUACGACAACGUGGUCGUGUCCAUCAAGGAUUCCGUGUCGGCGGCCAACUGUAAACAGAUAGUCAACAACAUUGAGGCGGCGUUCACAAGUGGCUCCAAAUCUCUACACGAAGCGUUGAGUGGCAAAGCUUACUUCCGAUCGGUUACUGUGAUGCUACCCCAAAACUGGCCGGACAACUGCGUGGGACACUUAAGAGGCAUCGUGGCAAGUCAGGGCGAAACGCCAGACGUACUCGUCGGCCAACCACACCCUGUGCACGGCGACGCUCUGUGGACUCAACAGUCGCAAGGAUGCGGUAGGCCCGGCGACGCUUUGUUCGGUAGCUAUCGGCUGUUCCAAGAACAGAGGGAGUUGGGCAAAGAGCUUGCUAAACAGUGGGCUAAAUACCGUUACGGUGUGUUCGACGAGAUCGGCUAUGCCGGUGACUCUGUAUACCCAGCGUGUUACUUUUCCGAGACUUCCGAAGGUGUCGAAGUGAACGGGUGCUCCGACAAGCCUCUUUCCAAAACUAGAACUUGCGAUACAGUAAACGCUUCCAGCGUGGUACACCCCGAAGCCAAGACCUCGUUAAUGUUUUCUACUGCUGCUCAAGUAACCAAGUUCUGCGACGCUUCCAGUCACGAUCGUUAUGCGCCCACCAAACAGAACGCUCUGUGCGGCAGACGCAGUAUUAUGGAAGUCAUUAACAGCCAUCCAGACUUUACUAAAGGUGUGAACUUAUCUGGAAACCAGAACCUAACGCCAACGUUUAUUUUCAAAAAAGAAAUGCUUACCCGGUACGUAGUGGUAAUCGAAGACACCAAGGACAUGAUGGAAAGGGAAUCCUGGAGUUUCUUACGGUUGGCUAUUCGUAAAUGGGCCGUGCACGAUUUACCGGCCAACACAGAAGUAGGUCUGGUCUCAGCCAACGACACGUCUGCUAACCGUCUUCAUGGACUCAGCCGUUUGCAAAACAAUGACGCUAGAGAUCAGGUGGCAUCUAACAUUCCUUACUCUCCAGGCGAUUCCAGAACUCCAGCUUGUCUGGCCUGCGCUUUCAAGGAAGCUAUUCAGAUGUUAGAAACCCGAGCCAGUAUCAACGGACCCGCAAGCUCGGUGAUAGUGGUGAUCGCACCAGGCACGUCGACUUACACCCCAGACUUGGUGAAACAAAUCGCUGAAGCUAACGAAAAGAAUAUUCGCAUAGCCACCAUCACGUACCCGAUGCUCAAGAGACCCAGAUCUUUAGACUGGAUGGCCGAGAAGACCGGAAGCGUUUCGUUUACGGUCACUGAAUCUCGGUACAAUAUGGCUCAGUCGUACUUAUCCACAUACUUCAGACUGUCCAAUGUCAUGCGCAACAUAAUGGAAAUGUACUACCAAGGAAACAAGGGCGAUCUUCCAGUCGAAAUCCACAGACGUGAGCUAACUGACGACGGUCGCACUGUAGUCGCUGGCAGCUUUGUUCUGGAAGAUUUCAUGGGCGAGCCCGCCAAGUUCACGGUUUACACUCACAACACUGAAAAUCCGCUAAUUAGAGCAAUAACCUUGACCAGUCCAUCGCAACGAGUGUACUCAACUCGAUCGGACUCGCUGCUUUCGCUCAAGAUGCUCAGCGUACCAGCUACUAUCAACGAGACCGGAACAUGGACGUACCUCAUCGAACGGUUCCAAGGCAGCCCACAACCGCACUACGUACAAGUUAUGGCCAAACCGUUAUCGAAAAACUCACCUGUGGUUAAAGCCCGAGCUUGGACUAGUGGAACAACCAAUCCGUUGGCCAUUUACGCCGAAGUCAAGCGCGGAGAAUUUCCUGUGCUUGCUGCGAAAGUUGAAGUGACCGUUAUCAGACCUGGUCUAAAUGGUUCGGGAACUCAUAGAGAAAAAUUUGACCUUUUAGAUACAGGAAGUGGAGAUCCGGAUCUCAUGAAAGGCGAUGGUAUUUAUUCGAGAUAUUUCAAUCCAAUGAUCGGUGGACCCGGUGUUUAUACUUUUGAGAUAACCGUAUCGGACAGCGGCAGUACAGCUUACACAUGGCAAGCCAAUAUCAACCGUAAUAUCGAGAGAAACCCAGUAAACACCGAAUCUACCUGCUGCGGAUCAUUUAUGACUUCCCCACCAGCUGAACCGUUAAACCCUUUCCAGCGUAUCAUCGCCCCGUUGUCCGUAACUUACACCUCUGAAGACUUGUCUUCUUCAACCAAUGUUGGACGUAUCGGUGAUCUCACUGCUGAAGUGUUCAAGCCCGAACUCAAGACCAAGUUGACGUGGACUUCACCAGAUAUGGGCGGUAACUCUGUGGCCCGAUACGAGAUCCGGUACUCUCAAUCACUCCGAUCACUGUUAAACGACUUCGACUCGGCUCCCAUCUGGGAACACGGUAGAACCGACUCACUUGCUCCCGGCUCCGAGACAUUUUUCUACAUGGAUAUUAAUAAGAACCCAUCGCUGCUCGACCAAACACUGUAUGUGGCUAUUAAAGGCUACAGCCAAAUCGAAUCGGACGCCGUGCCCGGGCCUGUGUCCAACUGGGUCAAGGUAUUGGUACCUUCGCCACCACCGCCACCAUCUUUGAUUACCACUCACUCUUCGGUAGGAUCGGAUCCCUCGUGGAGCGUGCCCGACCAAAACGUAAUACCCCGGAUCGCUAGAGACUUUGAGAUGAACUACGACGUGGUAGUGCCAGCUGCCGGAGGACUCCUAUUGCUGGGAUUGUUAAUUCUCAUGUACUGCAUAUUCUGCACCGUAAAACGCAAUAGGAAACCGGAAAAACAGUCAUCCAAACAAGAGAAACCGUUAAACGUUUCCGUCAUACCCAACGGCGGUAGUGGAGCCAUGAAUAUUUCCUCGCCCAUGAACGCCGUCAAAGCCGAAUUGGAAUCGCACUUCGAACCGUGCCUGAUCGAUACCGGCGACCACAAGAAACGAUACAGCAUCGCUCAAUACGGAUCACCCGAUCAGCAUCAUAUUGUGCACAACCAGCCUCAGCAACCCUACCACCACCAGAGUAACGGUCACCUGAGCGUUAUAAGCAACGGUGGAGCUACACUGACCCGCACGGUGAAACCCUUGAGCCCAUACCAAUCGUGGACCGCUUCUCAACUAUUGCACGAACACGAACGCCGCACCAGCCCUUACGGACAAAUAGGUGAUUUUGACAAUCAGUAUCCUCCGCCAGUGCCGCCUUUGCCUGCAUACCAACAGCAACAGCAACAACAGCAGCAACAACAGCAAAUGUCCAAUGGUGAAAACAUCUACGGUACUGCCCCCGGGCACCUAUACCAACAGAACGGACUACCGCCGCCAGGCCAAUAUGCUAACAACUACCACCGAAACAAUAUGAUCCUGUUCAAUCAGAGUUUACAGGGUUCGCUGAGCUCUGUCAGCAGCGGCGACAAGAAGAAAAGAAAUAUAACCAUGGUAUAGGAGAGCGUGACCUGCGUGUAUGACCUUUACACUUUUAAGACUGACUAGAAAGCUAAAACAUAACGAUGGUCCUCCUCAUCCAAUUAUCAUGUACUCGUGGUCUGUUAGUAGUAUUGUACACGUUUCUAGGGGUUUCUAGUCAAUUCACUCUAAAACGUACACUUUAUUGUGACCACGCACCAUAACUACCAUAUUAUGUUAUUAUUAAUUAUUAUUACUUUUGUCGAAGAUUUUUGUUUUUUUUUUUGUUAUGAUCUCAGUUUCUUGUAUAUUACUAUUUUUGUACAUUUCUUGUGUAUAAACAAUUAUUAUUAUUAUAUAUUAUAUAUCUAUUUAUAUCAUACAUUGUAUCAAUAUUAUGCGAAAAACUGCCUCAAACCCGAAUGACGAUGAUGAUGAUGAGUGUAAUAUAUUAUUGCUUUGUUUAUUGUGUUAUUGUCUGCGAGUUUUUGUGCCUUUUAAUGUUUAUCAUUAAUAAUCGUCGGGUUGAUAAUCAUGACUAGAAAUUUAAAACAUAAUGUUGUUAUUAUAUCGUGUCUAAGCUUGACUAGCGAUUUGUUUUUUUAUCAGAGAUAACUUUGUAAAAUUUUGUAACUUUUUUGUCAUACCCAAAACUUAUUUAUACGAUAUUGAUUAUCAUAAUUAUUAUUAUUAUUAUUAUUAUAUUUUUGUACCUAAUAUAAGUGUUUGUCGUGUAGACUACUUAGCAAUUAUAAUGCAAAUAAAAAAAACAUUAUGUAAAUUAA